CAAAUGUUAUCUUACAACUAAUUUAUGUUGAAUAUUUUUUUCAGCCUCUUGUAUUUAUGAUGCCGAUCGUUGUUAUUUGCUUCUUUUUUAUAAUGCACAAAGAUAAAGUCGAUUUUCAGCAGUCAGUAUUAUCUGUAACGUUAGCCCUAGGAUUUAACGGUCUUAUUACAGAUAUUUUAAAACUUAUAGUAGGUCGCCCAAGGCCAGACUUUUUCUGGCGAUGUUUUCCGGAUGGACAAAUGAAUCCGGAAUUUAAAUGCACUGGAGAUCCAAUUAUUAUUAGAGAUGGAAAGAAAUCAUUCCCAAGCGGACAUUCCUCAUUUGCGUUCGCCAGUUUCGGCUUUAUCGCCUUGUAUUUAGCCGGAAAAUUACAUACAUUCAGCCUGGCAGGAAAAGGACAAUCGUGGAAACUGUGCACGUUCCUUUUGCCACUUUGCAUCGCUCUUACUAUCGCAUUAAGCAGAACGUGUGACUAUCACCAUCACUGGCAAGACGUGGUGAUAGGAUCAGUAAUAGGCUAUUGCUUAACAUAUGUCUGCUACAGACAUUAUUAUCCUUCAUUAGAUUCGCCAUAUUGCGAUAAACCGUACGUCGCACUUACAUUACAAGUUCAGUCAGAUACUGUUAGAUCUAAUAAGAACGAGCAAAUUAAGUGGAUAUAAAAACAUCAGGACUAUUACUGCGCCAUAUAUUUUCAACAGUACUUAAUACUUUUGUUAAAAUCUUUGAGAUCUGUAUAUUUUGUGUAUCAGUAUAUACAUUUAAAAAUAAAUAUAUGUCUGUACAGAGACGAAUUCGGUUAUA